AUGAACAGUAAUAAAAAAGACACGAUGAGCACCUACUCGGAUGAAGAGAGUGGUUUGGACAGUGCUUCCGUGACGAGUAAGAGCUCGACCUUCUCUUCCUUUUCCAGAUUAACACAUAAGAAUCGCGAGGUGCCCCUACAAAUUGAUGUUGCGGGUAAAGAGCAACGAUACGUCAAUGUGUCAAAAUACUGCAUGAUCUUCAUGCUCAUUGUGGUUACAGUGGCUGGAUGCACUGGAACAUACCUCUACUUGGAGGCUGAAGAAGAGGAACAGUUUCGUUCUACUUUUGAAAGAUAUGCUUCCGAAGUCAUGGCCGUAUCCAAGGAGAAUGUCGAGUCGACCUUUUCGUCCAUUGAAGCCCUUUCCAACUCUGUUACUUCCUACGCCAAGAAUUCCAAUCAAAGCUGGCCUGAAGUUGUCAUUCCCGAUUGGACAUCUCGUGCAAGUCGAACUGCCAAACUGGCUGCUAGUGCCCGUCUGGUCACAAUGGCUCCCUUGGUAAAGAAACAAGAGAGAGCAGCCUUUGAAGCUUACGCCAAUGGUGUUGUCCACUCCCAAAUCCAAGAAGACUUGGACUAUCUAGGAAUCGAGAUGAACGCCACCGACGUCCCAGGCAUUGUUGAUGAAAUCAGCUGGAUCAACAUCUCUUCGAGAACACGAGCUCAUGAACCACAGGAAGGACCUUUCUCGAACGAGUUCUUGGUCAACUGGCAACGAUAUCCCUUUGAAGUCGAGAAAGGACGCGUCUUUGUCAUGAACAAUAUGCUUCGAGUUCCAACCAUCAGGUCAGCUGUGGCGACAUCCAACAUUACCCAACAGCCAAAGGCAGCUUUCUUUGAGGCUAUCCUGGGAGUCGAAGCUCAAGUGGUUCAACCAGUCUUUCAAGAUGUCUUCCCCGAGAGUCGAGCAUCCGAACGAACGGUUGUCGGAUUUGUCUGGGUUGUCAUGGGGUGGGGAAACUUUUUCCAAAAUCUUCUUCCUGAAGGAGCCAACGGCACAAUUCUGGUAAUGGAUAGCUCUUGUGGGUUCCAAGCAUCCUAUGAAAUCAAUGGACUGGGAGCUGACUUUUUGGGACUAGUCGAUGCCCAUGAUGAAAAAUACGAUGACAUGGAAAUCAGCACACCAUUCUUCAGCUUUGGUGCAGAACAAGAAGGUUUGCCAGAUGGAAUCUGCAUCGAUCAACUGACGAUUCGGUUGUUUCCUUCGGACACAUUGAAAGAUGCUACUUCCAGCAUCCGACCGCUUAUGUACACUGGUAUUGUCGCUCUUGUGAUUCUCUCCACAGUCAGUGUGUUUAUCAUUUAUGACAUCAUGGUGGCAAGGCGUCAGAAAAAGGUCAUGAAACGAGUGGAUACUCAACACAAACUCGUCAGCGACAUGUUCCCAGAAAAGUUUCGCGAUCGAUUGUA